AUGGGCAUGUUUACCGAGAAUGGCAGCGGCGGCUUUAUGUCUGACGUCUCGAUCAACGGCGGCAAAUACGGCAUUUAUGGCGGCAACCAGCAAUACGCGGUUCGGAACUUUGGCAUCUCUGGUCAAACAACGAGCUGCAUCUGCUUAUUGUGGGACUGGGGUUGGACUUGGUCCGGCCUCUUCCUCGGUGACAGCCCCGAGAGAGUGACGUUGAUCAACCCCCAGGACCCUACGGGGCAGCAGGCCGGUUCCAUUUACAUCAUGGACUCGAUGUUUGACGAUGCGAACACGGCUAUCAAGGUUAAUCUUCCGAAGGGGACCGUUCUGGAGAGUAGCAUCAUCACUCUCGACAACGUCGGAACGUUCCGGAACGUACAGACCCUGAUCUCGUUCCCGGACCCGGGUGAUACUCCCAUCCUCCCCUCGGAAAACAUCAACUUCUUCGUCCUUGGCAAUGUUGAAAAUGCCGGCGUCUCGGACGGCAUCUACUCGGUCGAUGUGGGAGUGCCGGCCCCAAGUCUGCUAGACGAAUUCACUGCGGGUUACUACCGAAAAACCUACUUCGUUAAGAGCAGGCCGCAGUAUCUAGACAUCGACGCGGGUUCCGUCAUCAGCGUCAAGGAUCACGGCGCCAAGGGCGACGGGGUCUCAGACGACACAGCGGCGAUCGAGGCCGCACUCGCACUGGCGACGACGAGCAACCUCAUCUACUUCCCGGCCGGAUCGUACCUGGCCACUUCGACCAUUACCAUCCCUCCACACACUCGCAUACUGCCCAUGAUCCGGGUAGGCAACCCGGGGGACGUGGGAACCGUGGAGAUCUCCGAUAUGCUCUUCACCUCGAUCGGCGCUCUGCCCGGCCUGGUCUUGGCGGAGUGGAAUGUGCAGGCCGAGUCCCCCGGCUCCGUCGGCAUCUGGGAUGCGCAUUUCCGCGUGGGCGGCGCGUAUGGAACGCAACUCCAGGUUGCGCAGUGCUCCAACGUCCCCUCGAUCCCAGCCGGCUGCGUGGCGGCCUCCAUGAUGCUGCAUAUCACGCCCGAGUCCAACGGCUACUUCGAGAACGUGCGGGCUUGGGUUGCCGACCACGACAUCGACGAUGCGCAAAACACCAUGGUGACGGUGGCAGCCGCCAGGGGCAUCCUGAUCGAGUCGGCAGGCGGGCCGACCUGGCUCUAUGGCACCGCUUCGGAGCACUCGAUGCUCUACCAGUACAAUUUCUACAACACAUCCAACACGUUUGCGGGCAUGAUCCAGACCGAGUCGCCCUACUUCCAGUACACCACUGCCACGGCGUCCCCGGGCCCCUUCAACGCGUCCCUGGGGCUCUUCAACAACGACCCGGACUUCCCCGACGAUACGUGCAACGCCACGGCCUUGCUCUGCAACUUUUCCUGGGCUGUCCUGGUCCAGGAGGUCGGCAACCUUACGAUCGCCGGCGCUGGGCUCUACUCGUGGUUCGACGCCUACGACCAGUCCAUGGCGGGAACGGAGGCUUCUGGCUCUGGAACCUUGGUCACCAUCGGCUCUGUCGAGACGAUCAGCGACACGGACAGCAACAACACGAUCUACGCCAAGGACAACACGCAGGCCAUCGCCCACCCCUUCUGGAGCGCUCUGGCCGGCUACGUUGACGACUAUAUCCUGCUCGACCAGACAUGCGACGACGACGACAUCUCGGAUGCUUGCAUGGUCCCCACUGUGUGCGACUACACCAAGACGUUUGCCACCCUCGACGACCUCCAAGCGGCCGGCGGCUCCUAUCCCGACAUCUGCACCGGCUACUAUGCGCUGGGCGUGCUCUCCAACACCCUGAACCAGGGUCUGGCCAACUACACCGCCGUCAACGACGGCUACGGAGAUGUCUUUGGCGAGUACGUCAAGUACACCAAGGAGAUGGUCCCGUUGGCGCUCGCCGGCUUCAUGGCCGGCGCGACUUACAAGAACGCGACAGGCGGCGCGGGCAACCAGUACUUCGAUUGUACCUUCAAAGAUUUGCAGAGCGGCACGAGCGAGACGUAUCCGUGCCCCCUUUCGUAUGACGAUGCCUACAGCAGCAAUGCGUACUCCGUAACGUACACGCUCAAGGACUCGGCGGGCUUCUACAAGGACCUGCAGGCCCGGCACGGCGUCAACUCGACCUGGGUCACCUUCGGCACUGUCGACCGCAGCAUCCACUGCCUCGGCCGGAACGACCCGGACCGCUGCGAGAAUUACACAACAUCCACCUCUACAACUUACCCCGUGGCGGCCAGCGACUUCGACGUGGCCAACCCCAAGGACAUCAUCACGCAGGCGCUGCCCAAGAUCGGCGGCCUGCAGACGACCAUCGCGGCGCGCCUGACCGACCUAGCCUACGGCGCGUGGUACGGCCCGACCGACGACGUGCUGCAGGUGAUCAGCAUGCCCGUCUUCAUGAUCCAGCAGGCGCUCGAGUCGAUGGCCCACGUCAAGGCCAUCGGCGAGGAGCAGGCCAAGCGCGACAAAAUCAGCCUGAUUCUCGAGAUCCUGGGCAUCGUCUUCAUCUUCGUGCCCUUCCUGGACGACGUGCUGCCCGAGGUCGAGGCCCUCGACGGCAUCUGGGGCCUGGUCGCCGCGGCGGGCAACGUGGGGCUGACGAUCCAGGCCAUCAUCGCCGACCCAGAGUCGGCGCCCGUGCAGCUGCUGGGCCUGCUGACCGCCGGCGGGUCGCGCUCCGAGGAGGACUUUGCCGAGAUGGCCGCGUCGCGGAGGGACAUCGGCGGCGACGUUAUAAGCAAGAUUGGGAAAACCUUCCAGGACUUGGACAACGAUUUCCAGGAGUUGGGCACCAAGGCAGCCGACACGACCACCGUCACCUUCAUCCAGCAAGCCACCGUCACGGUCACAGCUGGUGCCACCCCGUGCGAGACCGAGACCGUCACUCAGACGCUGGGUUCCACUAGCAGCAGCGCCACAACCGUCACCCCGCCCUUCACCACCGAGACCAGCACCUCGACGAGCACUACGAGUUCGACCAUCCCUGGCACCUCGUCGGUGACCACCACCAUCCCCGUCGUGCAGAGCACCUCGUCGACCACCACCACCACCAGUAACACUCACACCACGACGGUCUCCUCGCCGAGCACCUCCACCACGCCGAGCAGCACCACCACUGUUAACGGGUGCGGUCACCAAUAA